UGAAGAGCUGCAGCUCAGAGCAAAAACACACCGAGCUGACUACAGCGAGCACACACCUGCAUCUUUUCCGCUGUGCUUGGACUUGUUAAUGUGAAGUCAUCAUAUCCUGAAGACAGAAGAAAUGGCUAAUCAUUUGUCAGAGUCUCUGCCAGAGCGGACCUUCCAGUACCAAAGCAGCCUGCCUCCUUUGCCUGUACCGUCACUAGAGGGCAGCCUGACCAAGUACCUGGAUGCAGUGCGUCCAUUUGCAUCUGAGAAGGAGUUUAAGGCUACAGUCGAAAUUGUGAAGAAAUUUCAAGAGGGUGUUGGCAAAGAGCUGCAUCAGAAACUACUGCAGAGAGCCAAGACGAAGAGGAACUGGCUGGAACACUGGUGGUUAGACAGUGCGUAUCUGGAGCUGCGUAUGCCUUCUCAGCUGAAUGUGAACUUUGGUGGCCCGGCUCCCUACCUGGAGCACUGCUGGCCCCCUGCAGAGGGAACUCAUCUGGAGAGGGCCAGUAUAAGCACAUGGCAAACCCUGAAAUACUGGAACCUGAUCCGCACGGAGAGGCUGGCUCCACAGAAAGUCGGCAAAACAGCAUUAGAUAUGGACCAGUUCAGAAUGCUGUUCUGCACCUGCAAAGUACCUGGAGUAACAAAGGACACCAUUCAUAAUUAUUUUAAGACAGAGAGUGAGGGUCCUUGUCCGUCUCAUAUAGUAGUGAUGUGCCGUGGACGGUUAUUCGUAUUUGAUGCACUUUGUGACGGAGAAAUCAUCACACCCCCAGAAAUACUCAGGCAGCUGAAGUAUGUGAAACAGCGUUGUGAGGGAGAGCCAGAGGGAGAUGGAGUGGCUGCUCUCACCUCAGAGGAGAGGACUCGUUGGGCAAAGGCUAGGGAGUAUCUAAUAAGCAUUGAUCCACACAAUAAGACGAUCCUAGAGACUAUUCAGAGCAGCCUGUUCGUCAUAUCUCUGGAUGACACCAAACCCUACUCCAGUCCAGACAACUACACAAAUAUGACCCUGGAAGCCCUGACAGGCGAUCCUACCAUCCGCUGGGGAGACAAAUCCUACAAUUCAAUUGUGUUCUCAGAUGGCACUUUUGGAUCCGUUUGUGAUCAUGCACCAUAUGAUGCCAUGGUUCUGGUGUCCAUGUGUUGGUAUAUAGACCAGCAACUUAAAGCUACAGAGGGGAAAUGGAAGGGUUCAGACUCGGUCAGACCCAUGCCCAUUCCUGAAGAGCUGGUUUUUACUGUGGACCAAAAAGUCCAGAGUGAUAUCAGCCAUGCCAAACAGCAAUACCUGGAGACGACCCAGGAUCUCCAGAUUGUGUGUUACGCCUUCACUGGAUUUGGAAAAACAACCAUCAAACAGAGGAAACUGCAUCCUGAUACAUUUGUUCAACUGGCAAUGCAGUUGGCCUACUACAAAAUACACAAAAGGCCAGGAAGCUGUUAUGAGACAGCAAUGACUCGCAAAUUCUACCAUGGCAGGACAGAGACAAUGCGACCCUGCACCCAGGAGGCCGUGAAGUGGUGCGAAGCCAUGACGGACCCAAAAUGCGAUGUUAAUGUGAAGCGGAAAGCCAUGUUGCUGGCCUUCAAUAAGCACAACAAACUGAUGGCUGAAGCCCAGGAAGGAAAAGGUUUUGACAGGCAUCUUUUUGGGCUUUAUCUUAUUGCCAAGGAGGAGGGACUUCCCAUUCCUGAUGUCUUUAUGGAUCCCCUCUAUGCAAAGAGCGGUGGUGGCGGGAACUUUGUGCUGUCCUCCAGUCUGGUGGGUUAUACUACAGUCUUGGGGGCUGUGGCUCCCAUGGUGCACCAUGGUUAUGGCUUCUUCUACCGCAUCAGAGAUGACAGGAUUGUUAUCUCCGUCUCAGCGUGGAAAUCUCACCGUCAGACAGACGCGGCAACGUUAUUCAACAACUUCUCUAACUCCCUGCAUGAGAUGCUUCACUUGGCCACCACAUCUCAGCUUUAAGGGCAGCUGACAGCAGGCUAUAUACACAUUUAACCUAUCAGCUCUGUUUGAGCACUAAUGCACACACAGUUCACAAAUCCUCAGUUUAUAGCCGACAGCCAGUGAUAGUCGUGUUUAUUCUAAGCACAGAUCAAUGCAAAUGUACAAAAACAAUACCACCAGGGGUGAAUUUCACUGGUUUUGGCAUUUAAAAAAAAUCCACUCAACUUUUCAGGGUUUUUUUGGUUUGUGUAAAUUGUUUUUUGAAUGUUUUUUUCCUAAUUCUCAGAUUUUUUUUAUGAUUCCUGUAGAAAUUUUAUUGAGUUUGUUUAAUUUUUAAACCUGACAGUAUUAAUCAGCAUUUAAACUGAGCAAAUAUUAAGGCACGUGACUUUAAAAAAAUGUUUGCCAGAAGCUGAAACCGUUCUAAGGUGGAGAACUGUAGAAAAUAACUUCUGGUUCUGACUAUACUGCUGUGAUAUUAAAGGUUAAUCCAAGUAAACCCAUUAGAAGUAACUUUGAUAGACGCUAAAUGGAAUUUGCUUUGUUUUAGAUAUAGUUUUCCCUAUGAAAAUCUACAGAAAUAUGCAACAGCAGUACUCAACUAUUAAAGGUUUGACUGGUGAUUAUCUAUAAUUGUAUGCCUCUGUGUCUGUGACAGCUGUGACCAGAGGCAUUAUGUUUUCAGAUUGUCUG